AAAAUGCCCAAGACUAUGAUUGGAUGAAUCAGCCUAUCGAUCCUCAGGUUGUGUAUGCUAGUGGAGGCGGAAAACCUCAUGGACGUUACCCCAUGUUUGGUAGUGUUAUCGACUCGACUCAGGUGAGGCCUGAAAGGUCUCGUCCAUCGAGGUCGUCUAGCCGUGGUCCUCGCUCUAGUACCCAAGGAAACGCCGAGCUGAUCCGGAUGCAGGAAGCUUUGAGGCGGCAGGAGGAGUAUAACAAGCAACAACAAGAGUACUGGGCUGCUCAAUUUGCACGACAACAGGAGAUGAUGCAGCAAAUAGCACUAGGGCAACGUCCAGAUUUUUCAGCGAUGACUAUGCCACCUCCUCCACCUAUCCCGCAGUUUGUACCGACUCCACAAUUUAGUUGGGCCACACCUGCACCUCAGGUCCCUCCAGGAAACUUGCUAACUCCGGGAAAUGAGGACUCUGAAGAUGCGGUCGCUUCUUUUGUGGACGGUCUUCUAAACAGUGGAGGAGCUAGCGGAUCAAAUCAACCACAUCCAUUUGAUCAACCUCCUCCAUUUUGAGUAGCCUGUCUGCUUGUGUUUUUCUCGUACUAUGGACUUGUGAACUUGUGGUAUUGGGAACUUGUGUUAUUGUGAACUUCUGAACAUGUGAACUUGUGAACUUGUGAACAUUGUGAAUUUGUGCUUUAACUUGUGAACUUGUGCUUUAACUUGUGAACUUGUGUUAUUGUGUGUU